AUGAGCGGACUCUGGGCACGUUACAAUAAGUUGUUGGAGGCGCAACCCUUGUUGACCAAGGCUUUGACGUCUCUUACUGGAUUCACCGCGGGUGAUCUCCUGGCCCAAAACUUUGUUGAGGGAGGAGACAAGCCAUACGAUGUCAUGCGUACCAUCCGUCUUGGAUCUUUCGGAUUCUUGCUCCACGGAACCACCGGUCACUACUUUUAUGGUUUCUUGGAUUCCAAAUUGCCCGGAACAAAGCCUGUCACCGUGGCCACCAAGGUUGCCAUCGAUCAGACCAUCUGGAACCCCAUCUUUGGGUGCAUGUUCUUUGGAUACCUCAACUUGAUGGAAGGAAAGAGUUGGGAAACCUACACCAAUAAAAUCAAGGCCGAUCUCAAGACCGCCGUCAUGGGAUCUUGGGCUGUGUGGGUCCCUGCUCACACCAUCAACUUUGCCUUCAUCCCCCCUUCGCAGCGUUUGCUGUACAUCAACUCCAUCCAGAUUGGAUACAAUGUCUUCCUUUCCUUCCUUGGAAACAAGGAAGUUCCCGAAGAGGAAAAGAAGGAGUAA